UUUUUAAUUAUAUAUUUUUCGCUCCUAGUCGAUCCCAUACAUUUACUGUAAAUCCCUUCGUACACACCACAAAUAUAUAUUGCUUGGGCUGCCUGUAGUUUAACAGAUCCAUGGCGUCAAAGACAUUCACAGACAGGGAGCUGAACUACUUUCGUAUUUGUUACAUUGUCACGCGUAUUGUACCUGAAGAGCUGAGAAAGUUCUUUAAACAAGAAUGGGACAAGUUUUUCAAGGCUUCGCAUGGAGAGUGGCGUGACACAGCCAAGAAUGCCGUCGAUUUCUGUAACAUGGAAUCGCCGAGAAAUAGGAGUCGAAAUGCAAGGCUUCUAUCUGUAAUGAGAAAUGGUAACACCAGUGAAUGGGACUGUACUUGCCUCUUUUAUGCUAUUCUCCACUCGGAUUCUCUUGGAAAAUCUCUCAAACAUAGUCCUGCAUGGAGAAGCAUCGACGCAUUACGAGAAAUUCGUAAUGAAGUUUUUGCCCAUACCAUCGAUGGAAGCCUCGAAGAAGUGGAUUUCCAAGCUUCUGUUCAAAAAGUUUUAACGGCGUUUUCAACCUUGAAGCUGGAUCCUUCAGCAAUAGAAGAUAUGAAAAACCAAAAAAUGUUCUUGACAGACGAGGUGCUCAGUCUUCAGCAACAACUUGAAACAGAAAAGAAACGUAUCGCUGAAUUGUUUUCGUUUUGUGUGUUGCCCCCCAAACCUUCCCAUGAUACCACUGAACGUCCAGAAGAAGUAUCCAGUAUAUACGAAGAGAUGACUAAGUUAAGAAACGCCAAGAACAAUGAGACAACUGUGACGUAUCUGUCUGGGAAUCCAGGGUGUGGAAAAACUGAGAUGGCAAGGCAAAUCGGGCAGAAACAUUUCAAGAAAGAGGGUGACGAAGGAGCAGAUCUAAGGUUCGUAUUCACUCUCAAUGGAUUUAGCUUGAAUACCUUGCUUCAGUCGUACAUAGAGUUUGGUGGUCAUCUCAAUCGUGACCAAGAACGGAUAACAAACAUUAGUACAGCACAGGAUCUCAGUAAAGAGAAGAAAAUCUCACAAAUAAGAGGUUUUAUCGCCACCAGAAUUCAGACAUAUUCUUCCUGGCUCAUCAUUGUUGAUAACAUCAUAGAUCUUAAGUCGGUUUUCCAAUACUUGCCUCAAGCUGGAGAAAGGACAGUUGGAAAAGGUCAGAUCUUAGUCACAACUCAGGACAGUCAAUCCAUUCAAAAAAGUGAUUCCUAUACGUACCAUACGUCUCUAAGCCAAGGAAUGAAACAAGAAGAAUCGAUUGCUUUACUUUGCCAAGUAUCUGGUUUAGAAAGCGAUGACAACACGUUGGAAGUAGCCAGGGCUCUCGAUUUCCAGCCCCUUGCAUUAGCAUGURCUGCAGUUUACAUGMAACAAAUAUGCAGUGUAGGAAAAGMWAUUACCUGGGGRAAAUAUYUUGAAAAGCURCAAAACGACCAACUUGAGGCAACAGAAGCAGCUUAUGAGGWAACAAGUUUAGCUUACCGAUCGACAAUGACUACUGCUGUGAAGUUGGCCUUGGAAAGAGAARUUGAYAAGAACGAGGUAAUGAUGCAUGCGUUUCAGUUUUUGUCUUACGUAGCUCCUGACCCGAUUUCACUGAAAUAUGUCGUUGAAUAUGUUAAGAAGUGCAUGCCAAAUCAGGACGAUGGGCUACUGGCUGCCAAGAUAGCUUCUUCAUCGCUUGUCAUUUCUUCCGAUGGUGAGUCCAAAGAGCUCCGCUUGCAUCAAGUUGUGUAUGACUGCAUGAAAAAGGUUCUGAGUGAGAGAAAUACAAGCAAAUAUAAUGUGUUUUACGUGGUUUCGGCCUUUUCAGAUAUUCAUUCUUUUGAUAUGGACAAAAUAUCCGACAUCGCUGAAACACGAAAACGUGUUCCCCAUUUUGAGUCCAUCGCAGCUAAGUUGCAGCCCUUCAUUGAACAAGAAGGUGGACCUUUUUUUGUGAGGGAUUCUGGACUUUGCUCGAGUUUUGGUCUUGUUGAAAAGGGCUUGUCAAAAAUUGGCCAUAUCUGCUUUGUGCAUGGUUGCUUUCGAGCUUCCCUUACUUGUUAUAAGAUCGCCUUUAUGAUUCAACAAGAGACAGUGAAAGAUAAGAGUGAACCAUGUAAUGAUGAGAAUGAUCGACGUUAUGCAGUUACACUAACAAAUAUAGGCUUAAGCUAUUAUUGUCUUGGCCAGUUUAAAAAUGCGAUGAUAUGUUUAGAGAGAGCAUUAAACCUUCGAAUGAAGGUUCAUCCCGACGGCAAUGAUCCUUCAGUAGCUACUACCCUCAAUAUUCUCUCUUGUACCAAACAUGCGUUGGGCCUGCACGAACAAGCUAACAUCUGUUCAGAAAGAGCGUUGGCUAUCCAGAAGAGUUCCUAUGUCUCAAAUCUUCAGGUUUUGAGUGCUACUAUUAAUAACCUUGGGGAUAUUUUUCGCCAGUUGAGCCAAUAUGAAAAAUCAAAAAUAUGUUAUGAAAGAUAUUUGGACAUCGAAAAGAGAGAUUUUGGAGAGGAUCAUCCAAGAGUGGCUAGGACUCUUAAUAACCUUGCUUUAACUUUAAAAAGUCUUGGGCAACAUGAAAAAGCUAAGGAAUAUUUAGAGAGAGCCCUGUCUAUAAUUAAAAAUGUGUUUGGUGAUCAUCAUCUCUGUGUAGUAGCCAUACUGAAUAACCUGGUGAAAUGUUUCCUGAAUUUAGAAAAAUACGAAGAAGCGAAACCGUACGCAGAAAGGGCUGUAGCGAUAAGACAAAAAACACUAGGACCGUCGCACCCAUUGUUAGCUCGUUCGCUAUCUCUUCUAGGAGGUAUCCUCAUGCACAUGAGACAGUACAAUGAAGCCAGAACUUAUUUUGAGAGAAGCCUGUCGAUAGCAGAGAAUGUUGAUGGUGAUGAUCAUCCCAAUGUAGUAGAAAUACUGAAUUGCCUGGGGCUAUGUUUCAAGAAUUUACGAAUAUCCGAAGAGGCGAAACAUUGCGCAGAAAGGGCUCUAGCGACAAGUGAAAAAACACUAGGACCGACGCACCCAUUGUUAGUUGAUUCGCUACGUAUUCUAGGAGAUAUACUCAUGCACAUGGGACAGUACAAUGAAGCCAGAACUAAUUUCGAGAGAGCUCUGUCCAUAGCAGAAAAUGCUGAUGGUGAUAAUCAUCCCAAGGAAGCAAUCAUACUGAAUAACCUGGUGCAAUGCUUCCUGAAAUUAGAAAAAUACGAAGAAGCGAAACCGUACGCAGAAAGGGCUGUAGCGAUAAGAGAAAAAACACUAGGACCAACGCACCCAUCGUUAGCUGAUUCGCUAUGUACUCUAGGAAAUAUCCUCAUGAACAUGGGACAGUACAAUGAAGCCAGAACGUAUUUAGAGAGAAGCCAGUCUAUUCGAGUACAGGCGUUCGAUAAAGGACAUCCAAAGUUGGCUCAGACACGCAAACUCCUUCCAACACUAAAAGAGAAAGAAGAGGAAGUUGGUAGAAAAAGAACAAGUGAACUUACCGGCACAAACAGCAAAAAAAUGCGUCGAAUAUAAGCCUUGUUAACGAAGAAAAAAGAUUCAGGUUUCAGACGAGAGUUUCGAGGUAUUCAGACAAUUCUACAUCAGUGAACAUAAUUAGCCGACAUCCAGUGUUGGACCAAGGUAUCUAAGCGUAUGCAUGUGACCCUAUAAGAAGCAUAGCAUUGGACCAUUUUAAUGGUCCCGGAUAAGAUUAGAAUUUCUCAAACUCAUUAAUAAUUUAUGACUUUUAAGUCAUGCAUUAUUAAUGAGUUUGAGAAAUUCUAAUCUUAUCUGGGAAAUAAGUUAUUGAAUACUUUCUAUCGAGAUGAAUACAAAUCCUGAUCGUGAUACUUUGGUCUAUAUAAUUUACGUACUCCAGCAGUUCUUAAAAGCCCAUAAUACUGUAAAGUAGAGUAUAACUGUAUAUAGUAUAAACAAGAGAAUAUGAACUAAGAGAAGGAAUCCCCGUGUCCCAUCAUGUGCACACUUUGAUGCUAUUCUUAGAAUCCGAACUAUUUUUAACCCGUUAACAUGCUCGCGCGAUAAUCAUGCUUCCCUUUAAUGCCUCGUUUUAGGACACGAAAAGCGCCACACUUCGCUAUGUCCACAACAAAAACACAGGCUUUUUUUACUGCAAGACUGGAAGCCGUCUACCCUCAAG